UAAAGUUUACUGUUCAUAUUAUUGGAAUUUCACGUUAUUUCACCUGCAUCAAUACUUGCUACUUGGAAAUAAAAUAGAUCCUAAAUAUAGACGAACAUGCGACUUGCUUUUUUGUUAUUAUUAACAUGCACACAAGGUAUAUUACCGGGGAAUUGUCAAACAGAUACUACUCCUCAAAGUAACUCUUCUACAACUGAUCUCCUUUGUAAUUUUGGCGAAUAUAACUGCGGCAAUGGUAAAUGCUUAUCGCAGAUAAGAGUGUGCGACGGAAUUGAUUCUUGUGGAGAUUAUAGUGAUGAGAGGGGUUGCCGAAAAAAGAGGCCAGAAUGUUGGCCAUGGCAGGAGUUUUGCGACAACGGCGACUGUAUAAACGGAACGUAUCAAUGCAAAAAUGGAAAAUGUAUUAGUACAAAAUACGCAUGUGAUAAAAUUGAUCACUGCGGAGAUGGUUCGGAUGAAAUACGUCACGUGGCCGGGUUCAAAUGCCCACUCGGACAAGGAGGUGACAUAUGCGUUCUUCCACAACGACAUGUGUCCGAUUCCUUUACUCACUGCAACAACGAAGAAGACGAAGGAAAAACUACAGAUGGACAUUCUAGAUUGUUUCACUGCUUUGAUAAAAGCAUGAGGAUAUCUACUUUACAACAAUGUGAUGGAGUUGUAGAUUGUUCGGAUUUAUCUGACGAAUGUCCGUGCGAAAAUCGUAAUGAAGAAUUUUGUUCGCGCUAUUGUACACGAGAAGAAGAGUGGGGAACAACCAAUUGUACUUUGGGGACUUUUGUCUGUGAUAUUACUACUGAGUUAACCACCGACAAAAUAUGUGAUGGAAGGCUAGAUUGCAAAGACAGGAUGGACGAAAAAUACUGCAGUACUCAUUCAUCUCGUCGGAUUAUGCGAUGUGCGGGCGAUGUAGAUAACUCAACUCGAACAUUGGCAAGGCUUUGCGAUGGACGACCGGAGUGUUACGAUCUAUCGGACGAGUGUAAUCUUGAGUGCGUAAAUAAAACAAACACAACAUCGGAUUUUUGCUAUUUAGGUUUUUCUACUGUUGCGUUUAUUCGAGAAUGUAAUACAAGUACGGGUACAUUUAACCUUACUGUUGAGCACAUAUGUGAUGGCCAAUGGUCUUCUUGUAAUCCACGUAUCCCAGAAGAAGAAACUAAUUGUCCAGGUAGAUUUUAUUGCCAGAGUGGAAGUCUAAUCAGUAUUGAUAACGUUCUAAAAUGUAACGGGUAUGAAGAUUGUGACGACGGAAGCGAUGAAGACAACUGCACUUCAAGGUACCAAUGCGAGGAAGGAACUCCUCUAUCAGUCCCAAACAGGUUUGUAGGAGAUGGAGUGCAAGACUGCCACGAAGGUGCUGACGAAUGUCCGAGAGAUCUAGACAACGAACCCAUUGGAUCAAGAGCGUAUUUGAUUGCAUCGCCGUUCUUUCAAUUUUGGGUUUGGUUUGUCGGGUUCUGUUGUAUAUUUGGAAACAGCUAUAUGAUUAUUGAUAAAAUCAGAGAUUAUGAUAGAAUACAUAAGGCUGAAGGUUUACUAAAAUGCAAUCAUCUGAUUCUAUUUAAUCUUGCCAUAGCCGAUUUGUUAAUGGCUAUCUAUCUUCUUGGGAUAGCUGUAAAAAACAGUACAGUUGCCGGUGCAUAUUGUAGACACGAUGUUCAAUGGCGAACAAGUAAUGCCUGUGUGUGGCUCGGUGCAAUCUCCAUCAUAUCCUCGGAAGCAUCUGUAUUUAUGCUAACAUUACUUACAACGAUCAGGCUUGUCUCUGUGCAUAAUCCCCUCACGGUACGGAGUAUAAAAGUUAAAUGGGCGGCGAUUGCAAUAGCUCUAGCCUGGGGUAUUGCUUUAUUCAUAGGUCUUAUACCAUUUUCCUCUCAUAUGCGAGAAGCCUUUACUUAUGGAGCAUUCAUCCCUUCGAAGUUCAUUUCAUCCCGCACUGUUCACCUCAACGGAGUGAGACAAUUUGCAACGCUUCUCACCGCAUUUUCUCCAAACGCAUCUAAUACUAAUUUGCCAAAAGACUGGAGUAAACUUAAUUAUCACCUGCAGCAAAAUUUCCCCGCUCAUCGCAUUCGUGGAUUUUAUGGAUACUACUCCCAGGAGAGCGUUUGUUUACCGAACUUCUAUGUUACAACAAAAGAAAUGAUGUGGGGAUAUUCAUUCACGAUCGUGAUAGUAAACUUCUUCAUUUUCAUCUAUAUAAUGCUUGCUUACAUCGCCAUUUAUAGAAAGUCUAAUAAGAAAAGUAAAAUUAGAAGUACUGCUGAUAGAAGUUCGAGUAUGCAGAAGAAAAUCAUACGCCUUGUUGCCAGUGAUUUUUGUUGUUGGAUGCCGUUGUGUAUCAUAGCGUUAUUAAAUUUUACCGGCGCAAUAAAGGCGAGGGCUGAAAUUUAUGCUGCUACAGCUAUCAUUAUUUUGCCUAUAAACAGUGUUCUCAAUCCAUUAAUGUAUUCGAAUAUUGUAGAUGUUGUAUGGAAGAAGAGAGUUCGACUUCAAUCGAUGCUAGUUUCAUCAAAAGGAACCGAAAUAACAAAUAAAUGAGCAAGCAUAGCCUACCGGCACUCGAACCAGUGAUGAAUAUGCUAAUGUUGCAAUGAAUUCCGUGAUCAAAUUUAUCGUGAAAUUUUACAGACCAUGCUGAACAAUGUAUGUAUAUAUAUAAACACAAAAGAAGCCUUUAAUCUAAAAACCAUCUAUAUAAAGCGCUAAUUGAUAUUUACUAUAAGUCUGACGUUCAUUCGAUUAUGAGAUAAAGUGUCCUGUUAAAAAUUAAUACCAUAACUCCAGAACAAUCGAAUUUAUAGAGAUGGUACGUUAUUUUGAUUAUAUUUAUUUAUGGUUUGUGCAGGAAGCGUUCUGCCUUGAAGAUAUACAAUUCCUUUUCCGAGUAUUAUCAAAACUCAUUCAAAGGCUCCUUGCUACUGGAAUAACUUGGUAACGAUAAACUUUUUCAUGGUCUGCAGUCUAUGUGUAAAAAUUUCGAAAUACUUUCAUUUAGAAAAUAAAUUCCCGUUACUUAUUAUUAUCGGUGCGAACACAAUGAAACUACCUCUUGCCUUGAACCCAAAAUGACAGGACUCAAAUGCAACCAUGCAUGUUCAAUGACAGGAAUGUUUGUUCAGACCUCGACAUUUUAGAAUGUUUUUUGUUUUUAUUAUUAUGUAACGUAAAGUCACAAGUUGCAGUUGCCUAGCCUUCAGUUUUCAUAAUAUGUUACAGUCAUUAGUAAUAUAUGAAACCCUUACCUUUCUCAGUGUUGUAAAUUAAAAUUGUAACUCCUAAUACAUCUUGUUGCAUGAA